CGACUGCGGUCGGCCGCUCGGCGUUUCGCUCUUCUGGAGGACGUAGUGUCCACCCAGAACACUGCUCGCGGUUGUACACGCGGUAUUUGAUGCUGGCGAAGAACGAAAAGCCGGGCGAAUUGUCGAUACGUGCAAGAAAUUUGCUCUGCGUGACCGGAAAGUCGGAUGGAAGUUGGCUUGAAGUCAUGCCCGACCGGGCAUCCUGUUCUCUGCGGCGUAAUGCACUCAUGUACCGGACUAACAGCUGCUCGACGGUGCUGAUGGAGUCUACGAACGUGCCGUUCGGGAGUGGGAAACGGUUGACGAGGAGGAUCAUCUGGGAUGGAACGAAUGGAUAGCUGGAGGAUGUGAGGUUCGUUGAGAACUGGUCUGCAUCGCUGCGAGCGCAGGAUAUAAAACAGAUAAUGGUGCGCUAUGGCCCUCGAGACUGCCCGCCAGAUUGGGAAAUGCACUAUCCGCUCUCGUACUAACCUGUCAAAAUCAGCCCAAGCGCGAAGAUAGAAACAAUGUG